ACCUUACAUAAAUAUUGACUUUUGUGUAAUAAUUAUAUUAUAAUAGUGUAAAAACGUAAAGUGCGGCGCGAUUUCCGUUCGUUUAUUAAUAGACACCUCCGCGCACGUGAAAAACAAAGUACCUAUACGAAUAUCCUACACUCUCCGUGUACCCCUUCCAACGUCGGUGAUGUGUUGUUUAUGUGACUCGCAAGUCUCGCCGAACGCGGCUGUUGCCUGAGACGGUUUUUUUUCUCAAUUCAAUGGCAAUUCGAAACGGCAACCGCAGCUAGUGCCUUGUCCGCCGCAGCUGUACGACUCCUCCGACGAGGGUUGUUGUUUUGAAAGAAAAAGACCCGCGUAGUACAGUUUUUACGGUUUUCUCGCCGCCGCGAUACGACACAUCUCGAUUCGGAAUCCGAUAUUAUUGUAUUGGCACACUAUUUAUAAUAUUUAUAAAUCGACAAUUAUUAAUUUUUAAUCGUUGCAUAGACAAUUUUUUUGCCCCCUAAUAUUAUUUAUACAAGACCGUACCAUGUCUACAGGAUUCAAACACAGUUGUUCCACCAUGGAUUUGGAAUUUGAUACAUCUACUACACUUAUAGAAGACGUUACAUUACCAUCAUUAUUGACCAGCUUUAGUACUACUACUAAUAGUUCAGUAGAAUUUACCACAUCAGAGUCAGAAUCUGAUACAACUCAACACAUACCCAUACAGAAACAAAAGAUAGAAAAAAGUUCUUAUAAGGGCCCAGUAAAGUCAUUUUCAUUAGCUGAUUUAACAACAAUUAAGUCAUUUAAACCACUGAUUCGUGAAGAUUCAGCUAUAUAUUCUACAGAGACAUUGACCAGUGCAAUGACUACACGAACCGAUUCAGGCAUUCACCAAUCUAACGGUUGUAUUAAUGCAACAGGGAAAAAUAAGAAGAAAUAUGCACAUGUUGAAAGUAAAGUUAAGCAAUACAUUAAAGAUAUCAAAGAGAAUGAAGCUAAGAGCAAAGCUAACCGGCAUAGUUUACAGCCUUUAUCACAAAAACAGCAAGAAAGUCUACUCGUUCAAAAUAAAAAAACUGAAAAUGAUGAAAUUUUAGGUUUGAAGUGUAACUUAAAAAAGUUAGAAAUACAGUUAUUAGAAAAAAAUCGUCUUAUUGAACAGCUUCAGUAUAAUUAUAAGUUAAUGGAGAACAAAUACAAUUCAGCUACAAAAUUGAUUAGAAGAAUGGCCAAACCUAGUAGAGAUAUAAUACAAUUUACUGAAAACGAAGUAGAGUUGAAUGAGCAAUUAUCUCCUGCCCAUAGUAUUCCACCACCUGAAGAAGUAUGGGGACGUAAUCAUAGAAUGAAUUCUGUUAUAACAUCAACAAUGAAGAAAGAAAAAUCUAGAAAUGACAAAGAAAAUAUUCUUAAAGUUAGAAAAGUAAAGUCUGGAGGAAACUUGGUAUAUAAUUCUAAUGUUGAUGUGUAUAAAACACUCAGAGAUUCAAAUUCUGCUAUUCAAAAGGUAAAAUUGUGGCAAGAAUCGUUGGCGAGCACUGAAGUUUCUGCAUUAGACACAGACAAUGAAAUGGAUGAUCAAUCUCCGCAAUCUUACUCUGUAUCUUCUAAUGAUUUAUCCUUAAGCUCAUUAGAAAUAUCACCGGUGAUUAUUCCAAGUAGUCAGUAUCCCAAAAAACAUGAAUGCCGCAGCGAUUCCUCAGGUUGUGGUAUGUCUUCUACCAGAGUGUCUAAAGAAAAUACGCUAGUGAGUGGUAUCAAUUUGGAGGUCGGUGAUGAUAUUAUUUUGAGACCAGAUCAAUUCUGUGAUGAAGAAAUUGGGAAACUGCCAUCAUCGACUCCCAUCAAACCCAUUUCAUCACAUCAUUUGUGUUCUUCAGUGUUCAAAGUCCUGAACGAAAUAGACGAUAAAAGGAAUAACGAGUCUCAAAAACGUCACUUGACCAAAAAAAUUAGAAGAACGAAGUCCAAAAAUGCAGUGUGUGAAUGUACAUCAGAAGCUGAUGAAUUUAUGGGUCAGUUCAAACAUUGUAUUGGUGUCAUAAAUGGUGUAGUCACCAAAAUGGAACAGAGUUUCAAGUCACAAAGAUAAUUUUCAAAUAUUAAUUGAAAUGUGACGUGUUUAUAUAUGUUAUAUUUAUAACGAUAGAAAUUGUUUAUAUAUAUUUUUUUUACGUUUAAUGAAUUUGUCCAUUAUUUAACUAUAAUUUGUUAUGAUUUUUAUAUUAUGUAUUAUUUAUGUGCGUUGCCACCAAAAUUUAUUUAAAAAAGGAAAUUAUUUAAUUAUAUAAACAUUUUGUACCCAUGAUGGUGUGAUUAUAUAUAAUCAUAUUAGACAAAACUAAUAUAAGAUUGCAA